AUGAUCCCGACUCCUGGUGUGCGCGCAUCAAUGCACGCGCCAUCAACCGCCGCGAAAAGCGCCGUCAGAGGCGGCGCCAGCAGCGUUACAGGCCGAGUUUCCGCAACUCCCCGCGCGAGCCUCACCCCCGCGCAAGCCUCCGCGGGAUCCCGCGCGGGAGCCAGCAGAGGCGGCGGAUCUACCACGGGGCUCGCGAGCAGAACCAGCGCUGGCGGAAGAGGCGCAUCCGGGACAGGCGGAGCAGGCGGAGCGGGCGGAGCAAGUUUCCGCGCGGCCCCCAAUGCGGCGAAAGGCGUUUCGCAGGCAGUGGGGAGGGGGAGAUUCGAAGGGCCUCAUUAUCAAACUCCCAUGGGGAGAGGGCGAGGGGGGAAUGCAGCGGCGCAGUACCAGACUCCUCAUGGUGGAGGUGGAGGAGGGAUCAAGGGACGCCUUUUCCAGACUCCAAUGACUGGAAGGGGGGAAGGGGAAAUGGGCGAGGCUCUGGAAGGUGGUGAGGUGGCAGAAGGGACGGCCGCCGUGUCAGCAGCGCGGGAUGCUGAUGUGGCAGGAACGGCUGGUGGCGAGGAUGAGUUGGUAGGAGAGAGGGAAGGGCACGCGCAUGGGGCGGAAGGGGCUAUCACAAGCGGUGACAGGGGGGAGGAGGAAGGGGCUACCACAAGCAAUGGCCGGGGGGAGGAGGAAGAGGGUGUCAGUUUUGUCCUGGGGAUGCAGGAAGCGGGUACCAGCGAUGACAGGGCGGAGCAGGAAGGAGGGACCAGCGUUGACCAGGGGGGGCUGGAAGAGGUUGCUGUUGCUGGUGGAGUGCUGGGGCUCCAGUUGGCUCAUGCGGCUGGCGAACACAAACAGGCGGAAGGGGUGCAGGUGGAAGGUCAGCAGGCGGGCGGGGAGCAGGCGGAAGAAGGGCAGUUGGAGUGGGAGCAGGCGGAAGAGCUGGCGGAAGGAGAGCAUGCAGAAGGGGGGCAGGCGGAGGGGGAGCAGGUGGAGGGGGAGCAGGCGGAGGGGGAGCAGGCGGAAGGGUCAAGAAGCUCUGUGAGUAGUGACAGCAGUGGUCUUGCUGCGUUGUUGGAAUCAGCUGGAGCAGCUGGAGCUCCUGGCUCGGUGCACAGCAACUCAGGCUCGGUGCACGGCCAUGGGGAUCUGGAUCUGGUAGCCUCGGGUUCUGUAGGUUCGGAAAGUAGUGAAAGGGGUGAGAGAGGCGAGAGGGGCGAGGAGGAGGGGAUGGUGCCGGCAGUGGCAGCAGUACUGGAAGAGCUUUCGGGCCUCCCGUGGUCGACUCAAGCAGCAAUUGUGAGGAACAGGGAGUUGCAGGUGCAGGCAAUGCUGGUGCUGCAAGAAGAGGCUGCUGAGGAGAGAAACCGAGAGAACAUGGCGGCCCUAGCAGCAGCAGCAAGCUACUGCUAUCACCUCCAGAGGCGGCUGUCUGAGCAGCAGGGGCAGCAGCAGCGGCAGCAGAUCCACCAGCGGGCGCGGCAGCUGCUGAGUGAGGAGGGCGUGGGGCCGCUGCUGCAGCAAGAGGAGCAGCAGCGCAGGGACCACAGGCUGGCGCUAAGGAGCAUCAUCCAGGCGCUGUCUGACUUGCUGGUGAAACUGCUCAUUCACCCCUCCAGCACGGUGAAUGCGGCGCAGCUCAAGGAGCAGCUAGAGGGCCUGCAUGACCUGCUCACAGCCAUGCAGCCCUGUGCUGACGACCUCUCCCAGGUGCCUGGGGUGGCGUGCCUUGCCUCAUCCAUAGCCGACCAUCUCACAUCUACCAAGGUGGCUCUCGACGCUGCAUGUGCCAACAGCGACCGCCUUGCUGAUGCUGCUGUGAGUGUCUAUCAAGGGGUGGCGUGCUGGUAUAGUGCCUCGUAUCAUCCAUAG